AUGCCAGUAUUCACUUCUGGACAAUGGCGUGUAAGUAAACAGACUACACUUUUGCACCAGUCUCAGAUCGUAUUUCUCCAGCUCCAUCUAGUUAGUCGACCUCCUUGCGCUCACUUCCCGUCCGACUGGGCGCUCGUGCUUUGUGCCCUGACAGACCUACUUUCAGUGAGAUUGGCCCAUAUUGCUCGAUCGGCUAGUAGUCAUUUCGAGCAAGCCAUCGGAUACUUCCCGGUCACUACCUCUCUCCGCUCCUCUUCUUCUGGUGUAGAAAGUAGGCAGGAACCUUCUGAAUACCUUCACUCUUCGUUUGGUCCUUCCUGUCUCUGGCAACCUUACUGCCAACCUCAACUCUUCGAGACCUCUAGACAAUUCCCGAAGGUUUCGAGCAAAAUAUACGAAGAGGAUUACGAUACUAGUCACUACGAGAACGCAAGAGAAGGAAGUGACAAAUUCAGUAAAUAUAGUUACGUUCCACGGACAAGCCAAUUUGAAGAAAGAGGUGACGAAACUAUAAGACUCCUUAAUCUUCCCUUUGCUGCGGCUGGACCUGAUAGCCGCAACGAGCCAGCACUUUACAAAGAUCCAGGUUGGCCCCACUUAGCACGUCUCCGAGCAUCCACCACUUGUUCUCAGCCCAUCCAGGCUCCCCUCGCUGAUUACGACUCUAUUGAUGGUGCCUCCCUAGACACUAGAGUUGACUUCCCUUGGCUAAUCGCCUCGGAAACUGGCGAUUUACUUACUCAGAAAGUUGGUGUUGCUGUUAUCUCCUUAUUCUUUAAUCCUUUUACUUUUGUUUUACAUUGA